AUGUCACCUCAUCGGGAACAAACAGGCAAUCGUUACGACAGCCGUGACUAUGGCAGUAGUGCUCCUAACCAAAACUCGUAUCACUAUAGCAACAAGGACGGUUCUUAUUAUUAUAGCAAUUCAAAUGGCUCCUCCUAUUAUAAUGAUGGGAAGGGGAAUGCUACUUAUUCUACCCCAAGCUCUGGGUCCAGCAGGUCCAGCGGGUCUAGCGGAACGGCAAAGAAGUAA